AUGCCUUCGUUGUUCUUCCUCGAAAAGGGCCCGGUUCCAAAAACCCUUUCUGACGCCGUGGCCCACGAGCUCGAAAACGAUCCAGCGAACUACUUCUCCCACGAGACUCACACUGGCUUUAUCUACUCCCAACUCUGGACAGUCAGUACUCUAGAGCUCGGCAAAAUGGACAGCUCAAGGUACACUUGGUCUGAAGAAAAGGUGGAGAAUGCUGACGGUUUGGGAUAUCCCAUCGAUGUAAAAGACAAGACCGCAAGGGUCAUCUACCUCUUCACCACCUUCAGACAGCUUGACUUCAUUCCAUAUCGAAUGGAAAAAUUCUGGGACCGUAACACGAAAACAGGACUCCGGUGUCUUCAGGUUGGACCUGUCAAAGUGCCGCUUGAGACUUGUGCCAGCGUCAGACGCCGAAAGAUCGACGAAAAGGCAGAAGGUCCAACUUCUCGAAUCAACCUUGAAGUCAGGGCUCAUUAUGUCCCACCCAUGCUUGACGAAGUGAUGGAUCUCGCUUGUAAUAUUGUACAUGAGCGUUCGAAAUUGCAGCUGUUUCUUUACCUUGAAUUCCGAAAAGUCGGUGCCGGUUUGUGUCCCUGUGGAGAAAGUAUAAUCUUUGAUGGGUUCAAAAUUACUCUUGAGGAGCAUCGACAAAUUAUAUCCAGACUGGGCGAAAAAUGCAAUAUCAAGAAGGAGGUCCGAAGCGUGAUUUUGAAAGAGUCACCUCUCAAAAUCCGCCUUGACGUUGACGAUUUUCAUGGUGAUCCUCCCACCUUGAUAGGGUACGAUGUGUUGUACAACUGCUUUCUUCCCACACUAGGUCCAUCCUACUACUCUGCCGAAGAAAGCAGAAGCUACGCCAUCAGGUACGAUUUUGAGGUACAAUGUGGGAAUCCCGAAAAGCCCUGUUCCACGCUUUUGUCCGCCACCUUGCCUAUACAUGUUGGUGUUGAGGAAGAGCAGGCUUUUUUGGCCAGACCCCGAUAUUUCAAGGUGCAAGACUACUUCCAUCUUGAGUAUUUUGCCGCCACUCCUCUGCUUGUCGAAGACGUAGUCAAAAAAAUCAUCACGAUAUGCUCAGAAUUCCCCGAUGCAUACAUUGGUCACCAUGUGAGUGUUGUGAACAGAGGCGAUAAGGCGGUUGUGAUGUUUACUAUUGGUCUCGGGGAGGAAUUGCCCGAAAUAAAACAGUCUUUAGCUGAAAGCAGCGACGAUUUGGCGUUGGUUGCAACUCAAGAUGGUUGGGUUUUGAAGGAAACAGGGGAACCUCUGCCUAUUCAAAUCGAGUUUGCAUUCUCAAAGCAUUUGAAAGUGCUGGACGGCGCCCAUUUACACACAAUCAAAGUCCCUGAAGAGCCGUUGUGUAACUGUUACAAGGUCAAUUCCUUGUACGGUGGUAGCGCCUUUGUCAAACCGGGUAUGAGCUUGGACAAUUAUUUGAUUUUUGAGAUUUACAGUACCACGAAAAAGGAACUGUUUUAUCUGACUUCUGCUUUACAUUUAUGCAUUCUCGAGAAAACAGUUUUCAUGUCACCACGGGGCUGUGAGAAGAAGAUCAAUGCACAUAGGUUGUGGCCGCUCAAGAGCUGGAGACCCGUUCUCAGUAUUGUCGAUGGAAGAAAGGUUGCACUCUAUGCGAACAUUUUUGAAGGCUUCGAAGUUCCUGACCUUAAACCGUCGGUUCGCUCCUCCACGUUCCAUAGAAACUAUGAAGUCUACGUGUGUUUCGGUGUUUUUGAAAUGUACUGGUUCUCGGGAGCCGAAAACAUCUUGCAACAGUGGGUGGAUAUGUAUGUUUGUGAGAAGGACGGCGUUCACUUUGCAGAGAUACCCAGACAUCCCUAA